UUCGCACUACCAGUCCCAUUACUACCAAUAUACUCUGUCAGGUCGACCUCUACAUGCUACCCCUGUAAUAAUUUCAACAAAGUAUGGUUACGUUCCUUCUCAUUAGUUCUAUUGGAUUAGUCUACACCUAGUUGUCUGUCCCGGAUUCGCACAUCUUCGCACGUAGCUCAUGAAUAUUUGUAACAGAAAUUUUAGUACAAUAUUUUUUUAAAUUACAAAUUUAUAUAUAUAAUUGUAUACAAAUUUCUCUGUUACUAUCUUUUGAUUAUCUGUUAUUUCUGGACUAGACAAUAAAUAAAAUUACCACUUAUAUUCAAGUUAAUUGAAUUGAAGAUCACUUCACACUGAAAUUAGUUUGACAAUUAACACCGAAACGUAGAUACCAGCUAAUAUAGUUCUUAUUGCUAUACAAUAAGAGCUAUUUACAAAUAUGUUAUCGACUUUAUUUCAACAAUAGAAUUUACUGUUGUGAAAUGUUAUAUAUGUGCCUUAAUGUAAAGUCGGAAGGUUCUAUAUUAAACAUUUUCUGAUUUUUACAUCGCCAAAUGUUUUAGGUAUACGUAAUGUAUCCUUGAAAUUCAGUUUAGCCGGAGCAAUGAUCCGAUGUAGACGAUUCGGAGGUAUUACUUCGAUCGCAAUAUUUACAUAGCAGGAUCUCCACAGUGUUGCAGAAACAAUGACAAUUCAAACGGACACCUUUGCCGAGUACGUAAUUGUGGAGUAUCGAUGGCUGAUAGUAAUAGUGGCGUUACUGCCUAUAUCAUUAUUAUGGAAGGUUUGGUCCACCUUCAGGAACUGGUUAGUGUUUAAGCUGAACAGUGCGCCCAGGAUGCACGAUAAGAAGGUCAAGGAUGUACAGAGGCAGGUAAAGGAAUGGCUGGCAGGAGAUCGCAACACUCGACUGUGCACGGCCCGCCCCACCUGGCAGACGAUGUCAUUUCGCCAUGGCCUAUAUAAAAAGACCUCCACUAAUAUUUCUGUUAACCUCGUCGAUGUGCUGGAAGUAGACACAAAGAAUAUGACAGUACGGUGCGAACCUCUAGUGACAAUGGGCCAGCUCUCACGUACUCUGGAGCCAUUGGGCUUGGCAUUAGCUGUGGUUCCUGAACUCGACCAGCUGACAGUUGGUGGGCUCGUCAUGGGCACAGGUGUGGAGACUUCCUCUCAUAUUCAUGGAUUGUUCCAGCACAUUUGCCUUCAAUACGAGCUGGUGAUGGCAGAUGGAUCUGUGAUCACUUGUAGCAAAGACGAGAGAGCUGACUUGUUCUAUGCUGUGCCAUGGUCAUACGGCACUCUUGGGUUCUUGACUUCUGUCGUCAUCAAAGUGGUGCCAGCUAAAAAGUACGUACGUCUCCAGUAUGAAUCCUAUACAAAUCUGCCAGAGCUGGCGGCGAGGUUUUCUAAAGAGUCUUUAUCUAAGGAGCCCCAUCAGUUUGUGGAAGCUCUACUAUUCACCAAAGAUACUGGUGUUGUUAUGACUGGUGAUAUGGUAGAUGAAAUCGGGAUGGAUGGAAAGUUAAAUUCCAUUGGCAAAUGGUAUACAGAAUGGUUUUACAAACAAGUAGAGAGACAUUUGAAGAGAUAUACAGCGGGCGAUAGACAACCAGUUGUGGAAUACAUACCUCUGAGAGACUAUUAUCACAGGCAUACAAGGAGCUUGUUCUGGGAACUGCAGGAUAUAGUUCCAUUCGGCAAUAACAUUAUCUUCCGCGUGCUAUUCGGAUGGCUGAUGCCUCCUGAGGUAUCAUUGCUGAAGCUGACGCAGCCAAAGACAGUCACCAAGCUAUAUGAUCGAGCACACAUCAUUCAGGAUAUGCUGGUGCCUAUAGAUCGUCUAGAAAAGGCAGUCCUAAAAUUUCAUGAGGAAUUUGAGGUAUAUCCGAUCUGGUUGUGUCCGUUCAAAGUAUUAAAUCAACCAGGGCAGUUGAGGGUCAAGUCUGGCGAUUGGCAGAUGUUCGUCGAUAUAGGGGUCUAUGGAGUGCCCAAGGCUAAGGGAUAUGAAACCGUUGCUUCAACCCGUCGCAUUGAAAGCUUCGUCGUUCAGAAUGAUGGAUUCCAGAUGUUGUACGCUGAUACUUAUACGACCCUCGAAGAGUUCCGGCAGAUGUUCGACCAUACGUUAUACGAUAAAGUCCGUGACAGCCUGCCCUUCUGCAAGGAAGCCUUCCCCGAGAUCUACGGCAAAGUGAAUAGAACUGUCAGAAAAUAAGAAUGUGAACAUGAGAAUCUAUUGCUACGAUGAUUCUCAGGUUUUUAAUGUUAAUACCGUUGAUAUUAUCGCUGAUUUUAAUGAUUAAUAUGUUAAUGAAUUUCAGCAAAUACGACCUGUCCAACUUCGGUGAAUCUUUGAACCGUGCUUUCAACUUCUAUUGCCCAGAAAAGUCCUCUUAAUAUGUAGACAUUCACUGGAUACAGUAACUGCUUUCUAUCAGGUGGGCCGUAUACCUGUUUGCCACACGAGUGGUAUAAAAAAAAAUAUAGACGCAAGCAUUUUAUAAAACGCUUUUUGGAGACAUAAAAUUUUCUGAAGACACGAGACCAAAAAAGGUCAUAAAAAUUAGACAGAAAUCGUACUUGUUGAAAAUCAUACACGUACAUAUGGAGAUGUACGCGACGAAUUUUUUUUUUUAUGUAUAAAAUAUUGUUUUUAUUAACAAAUAAAAAGAUUAUAUAGGUGAUCACUAUAAUACCGUAUUGUAUGCCAUAAUUGUAAAAAUAAAUCAAUACCUAAAUCAA